UAAUAAGUUCGUUUCAUUUAUAUUUAGUUUACGAUGUUUAUUAUCUUAUCAUAAUUGUUAUCUGUCUUCUGAAACAUUAGAGUGAAAAAUUUUGCAAAAGUUCUUUGGUUUUAUCUUUGGAUUUGGAAUUUUAUUAAAAAUGGCCUUCGAUUUGUACAAUAUGUACCUUUCAUUACUAUUAUCACCACAAGUUGUGCCCCCCAAUUUAGUCCCUCAGAUGCCGGCGCUUGUGCGGGCGGAGGUCGGAAAUGUUCCAACGCCUGCUGAGACGAGCAUCAAUUUGCUUCUCCCAAUGCUCAAUAACCCCCAAAUGAUGGCACAGCUUCCAGCGCCAGCGGGCGAAACUGUUUCAGCAAAACCGAAUCUCACUUCUGGCAAAAAGUCUUUUCUGGGCCACGGGAAGAAUUCUUUGGAGGACAGAAAUUGCCCAAUCACUAUGCCUACCUUGUCUGAUGAACAGGAAUUAGUGGAUCUUAAGCGAAAGCAGGAUUAUCGAAUGGACUUAUCGACUAGAAAGAAGUAUGCCAAAACGCUGCCAGGUGAACGUUGUCAAAUUUGCAAUGAUGUCGCUUCUGGAGUGCAUUUUGGGAUUUUUUGUUGCGAAGGCUGCAAAAGGUUCUUCCAGCGUGCAACUGUGGGAGGUAUCAAGAAACUGAACUGCAAAACAGGCACCAGAGAGUGCAACGUGACCGGAAUCAAUCGGACCAGAUGCAAGUACUGUCGCUUCAACCGCUGCAUUCAACUAGGAAUGUCCUCCACCAUGAUUAAACUUGGCCGAGACGCUCGCAAAAGAGCCAGAGCUAUGCCCCAGCCGAAUCCAGAUCAUGAUUUGGAGCAUCUAAUCAGAAACUUGGAUGCAAAAGAUCGGAAAGCGAUUGAGUCUUUCUCAGUUGAUAAUUCAGCCCUGCAGCUCAGCGUGCGAAUGGAUUCGACUAUGAGCGAGCAUUCUGAAGAGUCCCCGAGAGACGAAAGUGUGUCGUCAUCGUCGACGUCGCACUCCCCAAACUCGAAUUGUCAAGAGUUUGAUUUUCAAUGCAACAAUGAUUCCAACGACACUGAGACACAGGACCCAAAUGAAAUCUGUGAGGUUGUUCAGAUUUCGGACGAAUCUGAAGAUGAAAAAUCGAGCGAUGAGAAGACGGUAAACAUGGUUUAUCAGACGUAUAUUUGUAAUCUGUACAGAGCUACUAAGAAAACAGUAAUUGGAAUCAUAACCCAAUUCGAUUCAACUACAAAGGACGUCCUCCAAACGACAUCGGAAGCCGCCGUUUCUUUCAUUGGUAGGAUUCCGGGAAUCGAAUUGAAUGCGAUUUCGAAAAACGAUGUGGUCAAAGCCCAUUUUCAGACGACGUGUACUCAAAUUGUUGCCAAAUUGUGCUUGAAUGCCUUGCGAGCAUUACGAUCAAAUUCAUCUGCUAUGUUGCGGACUAAGUUGAUUCAUAUAGAACAACUUAUUGCCUCUUGCAUUGACAUCAUAGCAGAGGAGUCGCAAAGAAAUACCCAAGAAGAUUCAGAAGUAAAGGAAGCUUUUGACUUUCUGAUGACUGUUCUAAGAGUCCUCGAAAAACUUCCGAGCACGGAAUUGAAACUGAAUGCAGCCACGCUGAUUCAGCAUUCUCAACUUGACUGACAGUCAAAUGACUUGAACUGAUAUUGAUCUAAUCAGUUGACCAGCUCUCAAAGAAAUUGAACCGACGCGUGACCAACUAAC